GCGCGGCGCGACGCCGCUCGAGCUGCUGCGGAGCAGCAACGACCUCGGGCUGCGGCACGCGCACGGUACAGACGCCAUCUUGCUCUUCGAGUACUGCGAGGAGAGGCCGCCGCUGCUCGGGCGGAGCGGCAUGCCGACGCGGCUGCUCCGCUUCCUCGGCGCGGGCAGCGGCGAGGGCGCCGCUCGCGGCAGCGACGGUGCGGAGGGCGGCGCCGGGGCGGACGGCGGCGGCCACGCGGGCGGCGAGGGCGAGAGCGUCUUUGACGAGGAGAUGCCCGACGUGCCCGACUCUGUCACGGGUGGUCUCUCCGGCCGCGCCUCGCCGGCCCCCUCCGCCUACUCCACCGCCACCGGACGCUCCGUCGCCCCUUCCCCCGUCCCGUCCGCCUUCGGCACCGUGCCCCGCUCCGCCGCGCCGUCGCCGGUGCCGUCGGCGUUUGGCGGCGGCGGCUACGCCGGUGAGGUGCCGCUGCCGGUGCGCGGCGCGGAGCGGCGGGUCCAGUCCGACGAGGAGCUGCCAUUCUUGCUCGGGGCGAGCAUGCCGCCGGACGGCUCCCCCCUGCUCGCCGUCGAGUCGAACCUCUUCUCGGCGCCUGCGUUUCUGCACGCGCCGACCGCGCGGCCCGGCCGAAAGGCCUUCCUCUUGGUGCACGACGAGCGAAAGCCGUCCGACGGCUGGCGACUCCGCCGCUUGCAAGGCUGCUUGCUCGUCGGGCAGACACAGCCGUGUGAGCAGCCGCAGGGCGCGCAGGCGGUGCCGCGCCCAAACACGCGCGAGUUCCGCGAGAUGCUUGAGCGGCGUGCCGCCGUCUUUUUGCAGCGGACGGUCUUCCCGCCCGGCAAGCCGCGCGACCGGCGGACGGGGAAGCUGUAUACGGCGGACCGGUAUUCGGCGCACCCCCGCGGCGGCUACUGCGUCAAGACGUACAUCCAGGACCUGAUGGCCGCCUGGCCGAAGCAGCACGAGGGCGUGCUGCGCGAGCAGCUCGAGAAGAUCGCCGACGACGUCGAGCCGCGGCUGUACGAGCCGCGGCCGGAGAGGCGGCUGGGCGAGUCGGCGCUGCAGGCCACCUUCUCGCCCGAGGAGCAGAGUCUGCUCGAGGCGGCCUUUGUGGGCGAGCAGCGGCUGCGUGACGCGCUUUACCCGAAGAUCCGGCUGCGCAGCGCGGACGGGCUCGACAAGGCGAUCGAGGCCUUGCCUGGCUCUGAGGCGCUCAAGCUGGCCAAGCGAGCGAAGGCGCUGCUGAUUGAGGAGGAGCUGCUGCUCGCCCCGUGGGCUCUCACCUCCAACUUCCAGGCCUUCAAGCACGGCCGCUGCCAGCUGGCCCUCGCUGGGCCGGGCGACCCGUCGGGCGGAAGAGGCGAGGGCUACUCGUACACGCGCGCCGAGAAGCCGGACAAGGAGCGGGGGGCGGACGGCGGCGCCAGGAACGGGUCGCAGCCGGGCGCGCAGGGCGGGUCGGCAGACGUGCGGAAGUGGAAGCUGGCGGAGUGCGUCGCCUGGCUGGCGCCGCACGGGUACGCGAGAGCGCAGGUCGCCAAGCUGUCUCGCGCCGACCGCGUCUCGCACAUCACCGCGAUCGCGACGCGCGAGCACGCGCGUGGCGAGCCGGGGUACGAGGCGUACGCGAGCAAGGAGGCGCUGGCCGCGGCGGGCGGGGACGGGCUCGCGCGGCAAGGUCUGUUCACAGCUGCGAGGGAGAGGGAGCUGUGA